AUGCCAGCUCUCCCAGCGGACGAUGCCCGGCCGCCGCUCCAAGGCCAGGAACAGGAAAAACAACCGGAAGCCCCCGCCACAGGAUGCAGUGUGUAUGUAGGCAACUUGGCUUGGGGCGUACGCUCUGCCGAGUUGCAGGAGCACAUGAGUCAGGCAGGCGAAGUUGUGCGCGCUGACGUCUUUGAGGAUUACCAGGGAAGAAGCAAAGGGUGUGGAAUAGUCGUAUAUAAGAAUGAAGAGGCAGCACAACGGGCCAUCAAGGAACUCACUGACACUGUGCUGCUAGAACGUCCCAUAUUUGUCCGGGAAGACCGAGAGGAAGGAGGCGGCAGCGGCGGGAAGUUCUCGGGGGGGCGAGGACGGGGCCGCGGCCGCGGGGGCUCCUCUGGGGGCCGUGGGGGUUAUCAAGGCAGCCAGGGAGGCGGCUAUCAGGGGAACAACCAACAAGGGGCGUCCGGAAGCAGCUACCAGGGGGGCAGCGGUGGGGGCGGUGGUGGGCGUCAAGUAUUCGUUUCCAACUUGCCUUGGAAGACGUCUUGGCAUGAUCUCAAGGACCUCUUUAGGGAAUGCGGUGAAGUGAUUAGGGCGGAUGUUAUGGAGCUUCCCGGGGGUCGUUCAAGAGGCGUUGGCACGGUUUUGUUCGCUUCCCGGGAAAGUGCACAGAGCGCAAUUGACACUUUUAACAACUACUUGUUGGAUGGGCGGCACAUAUCUGUGCGUUUCGACAGAAGGGAGAUGUAA